AUGCUGCGCACCUUCACUCGCCUUCACAACUUCAAUUUCGUACUUUAUACUUUAUACUUCAUUUCCUUGUUUAAUAUUCUUUCAUGGUCCUUGCACGGUGUCCAAGCUGCUCCCGUGCGUGUUUCAGCUAGCCCAGAAGAACGGGAAAUUGGCGUAUCUUCAAAGGCGCGUGGACUUAGCCCAGCUACCGUCGCUGGGCAAAAUUAUGCUUUCAAACAAUAUAACAACUUGCACCAUGUUGCUAGAGACUCAGGACUUGAUGACGAUGUCGUCUCAGCCUCAACAAUGUCGGCGAUGCCAUUCACGAGCACUGGAACUACGGCAGCUUCAUCUAGUUCAUUGCCAUUGACAUUGGAUUCGAGCACCAUCUUGACACAGAUGUCUUCUGCGUCUUCCGUGAGCACGCCCUGGACAAGCUCAAGCACUACUUCGUCAUGUACGUCAGUGGUGUCGUCAAGCUCAUCUCAGUUGGAGGCUGGGGGGUCUUCUGUAGGGGGAACUGAUAGCCCUACAUCAUCACCUAUUCCCAUGGGGACGUCUCCAGUGACGCCCCCUGCAUCAUCGGUCACUGCCCCAUCUUUCCCCCCUACUGUUCCGCCAUCAGUGACAACGGCAGAAACCGAAUGUCCUCUAUCCUCUCCUGUGCUUGGAAGGCCGUCUCCGUCAACGCUUUCUGCUUCACAAGAAAUAUCUUCAGCUACUACUCUAUCUUUGGCCUCUAGUGUCCGACCGUCGGUGACCACAGUGGUCAGUGAUUGUCCUUCAUCCUUACCUAUACCUGUAGGGCCUUCUCCUGUGACGCCCCCUGCAUCGUCAGACACACCGCCACCUGCUGCUCCAUCUUUACCCCCUGUUGUUCCGCCAUCAGUGGCACCACUGGUAACUAGCCCUCCUCCGAUUUUGCCCACAACCGAAGGACCGCCUCCAGUGAUGUCCCCUGCAUUUUCGGAAACACCUAUGGUUACUUUCCUCCCUCCCAUAGUUAUUUCUCUCAUACCUCCUGUUCCUCCUGUUGUCACUUCCCUCCCACCUCCUGUUGUCACUCCCUCCCCAUCUCCUGUCGUUCCAGCAGCUUCAUCAAUGACGACAAUCUCACAAAGUGCUACUAGCCCGGCUACCACGACGUCACCGGCAGGUCGUCCCACAACCACUGUGACUGUGUCGGUCACACCUGUUACGCCAGAACCAUCCCCCACAACCACGUUUACCUCGUCAACGCCUAACGCGCAGUCAAAUUCAAGUUCGCAAAAGGCAUCGUCGUCACCAACAUCAUCGCCUUCGGCACAAGGUGACGCUACGUCAUCGCCACAACUUGCAGGAUCUUUGAUUGCUAUCAUCACAGUAUUUUCAUUUCUUGGCACAUUUUCGUUGAUCCUUGGAGUCAUUGUCUUCUUUCGCGCCAGACGUCGUCGUAUCAUUCGGAUGCAACUCCUUGAAGAAGAGCGCCCACCCUCGCUACCGAACUUGUCUUCGAGGUUUUCUGUCUCAACCACAGGAUCAACGGAGUAA